AUGCAGUGCCACAUUUUCCGUGUCAUUUUUGCUGCUGAUUGGUCAGCAAACUGGACCGGAACCGCCCUUGUAUUACUGUGCAUAUUCUGCCGCGUUGAUUUAUGCCGCCCCUCCCACGUUGGCAGCUGCCGCUCUUUUUUUGUGAUUGAGCUCCAUCUUCGAUUAUCCUCGGCUCUUUUUUCCACUCGCAUGAGUGAUACAUUCAUCUAUUGGGUUGCUUGGGGUAUUCCAAUUGUCCAUGGGAUUGUAUUCUGGGUUUCACUCACGAUUGGACUAUCUGAUAUCUCACAACUCAAACGUGACCCAAGUGGUGUCUAUUGCCACAUUAUGGGCAGUAAGAUCCCAACUCUCUUGACUGGAACACUUGUGAUUCUGUUUCUAAGUUCAAUGCUGAUCAUGGAAGUUUUCACUAUUAUUCACUUGGUUCGCCAACGAGCAGCUAUCGAAGCACUCAAGGUCAAGGGAUCAGACUUUCCAUUUCAUCUGUUUUUGCGCACUGUUCUAUAUACAGUCUCUGGCGGCUUUGGUAUUAUCAUGGUUGAUGUUGUGAUGAAUGUCUCAACAUCAGUGACUGUUGUUCUCCUGGCACUGAGUAUAUUACCUGUUUUCUGA